CCAGUGAUUCCAAAACUUUCAUUUUUCAAAGAGGUUUGAAAUAGACUGCCUCUGACAGACCUAUUAUUGAACAAAGGACAAACGUCUUUAUAUUUCUGGCAUACAUUGAAUAUACAAUGUGCAAGUUUAUAUUUUCACAGAAGUUAACCGUCGUUUAUGAGUGUGAACGGAGUUAGCUGUUUACGCGCUCUGUGCAUCCAGAGUCAUGUAGUUCAUGGGUAUGUAGGGAACAGAAGUGCUGUUUUUCCACUACAAGUUUUAGGAAUCGAAGUUGACUUCAUUAACUCGGUACAGUUUUCAAACCACACAGGCUAUGACUGUGUCAGAGGACAAGUCUUGGAUGCUAAUGAUUUGAAAGACAUAUACCUUGGAUUAAAAGCCAAUGGUUUGCACAGAUAUACACAUGUUUUAACAGGUUACGUUGGUUCAUCAAGUUUUCUAGAGGCUGUCUCAUACAUUGUGUCUGAUUUGAAGAAAGAAAAUCCAGGCCUGAAAUUCUACUGCGAUCCUGUCUUAGGUGAUCAAGGAAAGCUUUAUGUUCCAGCAGAACUCGUUCAAAUUUAUCAAGAAAAAAUACUUCCGUUAUCAGACGUUCUUUUACCAAAUCAGUUUGAAGCAGAAUUACUUAGUGGUAUGCAGAUUAUAGAUGAAGAGUCAGCUUUAAAUUGUAUCAAUCACUUACACAAACAAUAUCGAAUUUCAACUGUAAUUAUAACAAGUACAAAUGUGAAUUCAUCUGAAGUAAUGUAUGGUUAUGCAAGUCAUUUAACAAAUUCAAUGAAUUUACUUGAAAAUCAUCUACCAAGUCAUCAAACAACUACUUCAUACAUGAGUAUAAAACCAGAAUAUGAUCGUCUACGCUUAAGAAUACCAUAUUUAAAUUGUCAUUUCACUGGAACUGGAGAUUUAUUCGCUGCUCUAACAUUGGCUCGAUUAGAAACACAAAUUGUAAAGGAUGAUGGAGAGCAAGUGGCAAAAUAUUCAUUCAAAGAAGCGUUUCAAUGGGUUCUUAGCACAAUGCAAGCUAUCCUGUUAAGGACAUUAAAAAUGUCUACAUCUUCGGAUAUAGAAUCGAUGGAUGAUAUGCCUAAAGCUGAUCGAAUUGAAUUGAAACUAGUACAAAGUAUUCAUGAUAUUCAAAACCCUGUAUUAGGUGAUUAUGUUGAACAGAUAUAAUGAAUAAUUUAAUUUUUAUACAAUCAAUUCUAUUAUCAUCUUCGAUACAUAGAAUAAUUUUAUCUAUUUGAUUUUAUUGAUUAUAAUCUAUUCAUGUGUUCUGUAAUUGUCACCUAGAUGAACUGACCCUGAAUAAUAAUAAUGAUAAUAGUAUCAAACGUAUCCUGACCGACAGUGGACUAGAUGGAUUAGAAAAACUUGUGCAUCGUAUAAAGUGUAUUUAACUUGUAUAGUCUCGGUGUAGUAUAUUACAACAAAUAGCAAAAUAAACGAAUAUUUUGAGUAAUACUAUAUAUAUAUUUGUCCCUUGGGUUCCUAUUGGAACAAAGGACUUUAGUGGCACGUCACCAUUUCAC